UGCACGCGCCCCACCCCUUGGCGACGCGGGCGUCCCUAACGACCGGCUCCGGCCUUCGAGAGAGCGGGCUCCGGGACUCUGCAGCGGACCCUUGCAUCAAGGACCAGUGAGUCAGAGAAGCUUCCUGAGUCAGGGUCACUACGGGCCACCUGCCUAUACCAGCUCCAGCAUGGACAACCUCAAUCUGCUGUCCUCAACCUCCAACCAAGAAUGGGCCUUCCCUACAGCCCAGGGUUCAGGCACGGGCCUACAGCCCUCAAAGCCCUUAGCCGCGGAGAAGUCCAAGAACCCAAACUCUGGGCCCAAUAUCCGUCGGAUGCGCCGGAUUAUUGCUGAGGAUGCGGAGUGGUCACUGGCCAUCGUGCCGCUCCUCACGGAGCUCUGCAUUCAGCACAUUGUGAAGAACUUCCAGAACAACCCUCUCCUGAAGCAGCUGCUCCCGGAGCACCAGCAGAAGGUCCUGGAACACCUGUCCCCUGACCUGCCGCUGACGGUGACCGCCAACCUCAUCGACCAUGAGAACUACUGGCGCCGCUGCUGCACACGGCGCUGGCCCGUGUGCCACGUGGCCAAGCACGGGGGCAGCUGGAAACGCAUGUUCUUCGAGCGACACCUGGAGAACCUGCUAAAGCACUUCAUCCCCGGAACCACGGACCCCGCCAUGAUCCUGGACCUGCUGCCACUCUGCAGAAACUACGUGCGCAGGAUCCAGGUGGAUCAGUUCCUCCCGCCGGUGCGGCUACCGCCCCCCCCCCCCCCCCCGGCGCCGGCCGGGUCCGGCCCCCCGCCGGUGCGGCUACCGCCCCCGCCCCGCACCGGGGAGCAGUCGGACUCCGGCAGCGAGGGGGACAUGGAGGAACCUGCCAUGGAUCACUACCAACUGGGUGACCUGGUGGCAGGCCUGAACUACUUGGAAGAGCUGGACCUUGUGUACGGGGUCAAGGACUGUGGCAUGAACUUCGAGUGGAACCUCUUCCUCUUCACCUACCGGGACUGCCAUUCCUUGGCUGCCACCAUCAAGGCCUGCCACACGCUCAAGAUCUUCAGGCUGACCCGAAGCCAGCUGGACGACGACAAGGCACGCAUCCUCAUCCGCAGCCUCCUGGACCACCCCGUUCUCGAGGAGCUAGACUUGUCUCACAACCUCAUUGGGGACCGUGGUGCCCGCGGUGCCGCCAAGCUGCUGAGCCACAGCCGUCUGCGUGUGCUCAACCUGGCCAACAACCAGGUGCGCGCGCCCGGUGCCCAGUCGCUGGCUCACGCCCUGGCACACAACACCCAUCUCGUCUCCCUCAAUCUACGCCUCAACUGCAUCGAGGAUGAGGGCGGCCAGGCACUUGCCCACGCCCUGCAGACCAACAAGUGCCUCACCACGCUGCACCUUGGCGGCAACGAGCUGUCGGAGCCCACCGCCACGCUCCUCGCACAAGUCCUCGCCAUCAAUACCACGCUCACCAGCAUCAACCUGUCCUGCAACCACAUCGGGCUGGAUGGCGGGAAGCAGCUACUGGAAGGCAUGUCAGACAACAAGACCCUCCUGGAGUUUGACUUGCGCCUGUCGGAUGUAGCCCAGGAGAGCGAGUACCUCAUUGGCCAGGCCCUCCACGCCAACAGAGAAGCAGCCCGCCAGCGGGCCUUGAACACUGGGCAUUUAAUGUUGCCAAUCACUGCCAAUGACCCCGAGUACUCUGUGUAGUAAGAUGGGGGCAGGCCAGGCAGUGACGUUACCUGGGUCACUGCUCCAGCCCCAUCCCUCAUUCCAUUUCCCUGCUAGGCCUGCUGUGGAGCAUCACACUGGUUCAGAGAGAGGAGACAGGGGAGACUACGUAUAUCCGAGAGGUCAGGUGUCAUAUUAAGAAAGAUAUGAGUCAAGGAGAGGAGCUUGGGAUAGAGAAGAAGGGGUCUGAAGUAGGGACCUGGCCCCUGCGCUCAGGGCAAGGGUAUUGCCGAACCCUUAUAAAUGACCAACUUGUUCCAAGAAUGGAAAAAAUGAAAGGACUCAGAGACCACGCCUGCCCAGGCUGUCCCAGGAGGGCUGCCUAGCUCCCUGACACCUCCCCAUUGUUUUCCGUUCUACUCAGCAGACCCUGACCUUCACACGCAUGCAUAGUCACUCCCCGGGGUGCAGAAGAGCUAUGCCUGGCUCUGCCAUCUUCACCCCUGCCACUCUGCUUUAAGUGAUCUGAUUCUAUAGGCCAUGCCAGCUCCUCGUCCCCAAACCCUCAGCCUAGAAGGGGGACAGCGAAGGUGACAGGAGGUGCUCAGCCCAGGGGCCUCCUUGGGGGAGGCAAUCAUGGAUGAGGACUGUGAGAGAAGUAUGGCACAAGCCCUGCCAUGCAGCCCAGAAAGCUAGUCACGGGACGAGGAGGAGACGGGAAGAAGCGCCACACUGAAAAGGAAGUCAGUGAGUCAUCCGCAACUUUAUUAUCCACCAGUUUGAUUUGUACAAUCUUUGCGCUUGGAAAUCCACGACAGAAAGGCCACAGUGUGAUGCACCCAAUUAACAGAGACCUGUCUUCUCCCCAGCCAGGCCCAGCCCACCCCAUAAGCCCUUGUCCCCAGGACACAUGGAGUCUUUCGGGUGCCCUCCACGAGUCCCUGUCACUCUGGCUGCCUACCUCGAGGCCACACCACAGAAAAGACAUCAGCCUACAGGGCCACAAGAGGACCUGAGGGAUGGAUUCAGGGUGAGCCCUGCCCCCUUACCCCUUGGGCUGUGUCCAGCGCCUCCAUACCCACGUCCCCCAAGGGCUGGGUUAUGGGCUGCAACCACAGCCCAGGGGUGCCUGCUCUCCAGGGACUCCUUCCAAUCAGCAGCGCUGCUGAGCAGAGCACCAAGAGGGCUUGGGAGUGACUGCGCGUGUGCCUGUCCGGGCAACCUAGAGUCCGUCUGUGCCUGACACCCUCUGACAGUUCCAGAGUGCAAACGUGUAGGUGUGAGGGUGUGUGUCACUGUGUGUGUGUAGCCACAGUUGCUAGCAGAGGUUCUAAUUAGAGAAACAAGAAACAUUCAGUGUAAAGUUUAAUUUUAGAGAUUAAUUAAUUUUCUGGUUUUCAUUUUCCCUGGCAAUCAAUAAAGCUACCAAGAAAAUAGACCAAAGAGUUGUUUUCUUUCUAAAUCUGUGCGUGUGUGGGAGGUGAGGCUGUCUGUGUGAGAAGACCUAGGCAGAAAUGGUCAAUACAGGCAAAAAUAAUAACAGGGGUCCCCCUUCCCCUCUUCCGACACCAGGAUCUCGGUCUCAGAAACGGGCUGAGGAGGAGCUGAGUUCCUCCCCGUCAGGGCCCGUGAGGUGGCCAGGCAGUCCCACAUGAGGGUGUGACGUCCAAGUGUCAACUGGCCAAGAACACGGGCCUGAGGCAACAGCCCGCCACCUGUACCACCCAGAUGUCCAUCCAGAGGAAAGAGGGGUGCCCCAACUGCCAGGCCCCCAAGGAGCACAGACUCAGGGUCCAGGCAGGCUCCGUACUGACAGGCAGGUGGGCCCUGCUGCCCAGGAAAACCUUGGUGAGCAGCUGUGCCUCCUGCCCAGCCUCUCCCUCUCUGGCCUCCCCUCUCUCCUCACUCUGCCCUCUCCACGUGAAAGUGAAGCUGAACCCCCUGAUGGGUAAUGGGCCAUGGUGUCCCCACAAUUUGGGCCCCCGUGCCCCCCUGGAGAAGGGGAAAGAGGAGCCAGAGGCGAUGUUGCAUAGCUGGAGAUUACACCAUGCCCACUGGUGGGCGCAGGCCUGACUGAACUGGAGGGAGACUGGGGUGGGGGAGCUGAGAGAAGACAGGUGUUCUGAUGGCUCAGGCCAAGGGAGAAGCAUCAGAAUGGGCAAUGCCCAGGUGGCCUGAGGGUUACCCUCUCCAGCUGAGAUGGGAACUCGAUCCCUGGGCGCUAAACCUGCUGGGAAAGCUUUAGCCAGGAGGGUAGGGAGGACAGGGAGGUUGUACACAGACAUGCACACGGAAGCACACCAGGGUGGAGGUGGGGCACGGGGAGAGAAGGUGGUGUCAGAGCUUCAGGGGAACAGGACGUGGGGCCAGCGUCCUGGGAUGGUGGCAGGAUGCUCCUCUGAAGACCCUGGAACACACAGCAGGGCUUCAGCUCAUGGGAUAGGGAAGAAGGGAAGGGAGGGUCAGGCAAGAUUUAGAGAAUUCCUGCCUCAGACCCUGUCACUGGAAACGGUUUCUCCAGGUGGGACUGUGACAAAGUCCUCUGCCCCACAGAGGCAUGUGUGAAAGCAGCAGCUCCCCUGCUCCCCGCAGGUCUAGGAGAGGUGAGAGACGGCCCCACAGAUACCUCCAUCUCUGGAGGGCCUUUCAUCUCUCUUGCAAGACCCCUCUUUCACUCCCACCUCCUUCCAGAGCCCCCUGUUGUCACCCAGGUCUGUCUCACAGUCUCUCCACUUAAGUCACUCACCCUGGCUAGCUUUAAUGAGUGCCCCCUGGGGCGGCAUGCCACCUUGAGAGAGGCCUGCCACUGGGAAGGCUGCAGAGUACAGAGGAAGGACUGAGGUACCCGUCCUCCCAUCUCACCUCCUCCUCCCCCCACACCCUGGCAACAGCUCUUCAGAGCCAGGGAGUGGGAGGGGAGGGGAGUGACGUCCGUGUGGUGAACAGAGUCCCCCUGGGCCCAAACUCCUGGGGCCCGGUGUGAUAAACAGCAGUGGAGGGAAUGGCCCAGAGGAAAGCCCAGUUAUUGGGGCCGGUGCCAAGAAGAGGACAUUUUCACUGUGUUGGGAUGGAGUAUGGGGCUGACACCUGGCGCAGCCUCAGACCCAGGGAACGCAUUAGCCUGUUGGAAGCCAGCCCUGCUCUUCGCCAAACCGCCGCCCCUCUACUGAGAAGCCCCAGAGAGGCGAGGCAAAGGCGGAAGGAAAGCCCCAAGUUCCCUUGCCCACAACCUAUGCACCUCCCAGCCGCACAAGUCCCACAGCACAGUUGCCAGAUAACAGU